UCCUUGCUUCGUCUUCCACCCUCGGCUCCUUCGCUCGCUCCUCUAGGUGCCGCUCCGACUCCUAUUCUCUCUGGACGGAUUGUUGGGCUGGGUUCGUGGCUGGACUUCUUGGCGUCGCGUCCGUUCCCUUUGGCGACGCUUCGUUUCGUUCGCCCCCUAGAUGCCGCUCCGACUCCUAUUCCCUCUCUGGAUGGAGUGUUGGGCCGAGUUCAUGGUCGUCCCUUCUUCCGGUCGCGUCGUUCCUGUUGACAGCGCUUCGUUUUGGCUUAUUCAUUCCCUCCGGUCGCGAAAAUGGCUCGGAUUCAUCCUCUGUGAUUUGGUAGCGAGACCUCCGCGGGCUUCGAUUUCACCUCCGCGGGCUUCGAUUUCACCUCCGCGGGCUUCGAUUUCACCUCCGGGAAGCGAAUCGAGCAGAAGCUUCUCGAUUACAAUCGAGAGGCCGAGCGGUUCCGAGGUUGAGGACGACUUGAAGCGAGGGGUUUCGGGGGCAGUUCCAAUUCCACCCGAUGAUGCUGGAAAAGAGGAAGUGAUCAAUUCCUUAGUCGCUAAUGUCGAAGCCAUGAUCAAAGCAGAUCGAAAAAUCACAUCACUUAAACAACUGCAGGGCCAUAUAUGGAGGACAAGAUUUCAGAACAAGGAACUGCAGGGGGUUGUUUAUGAUGAUGUUCCUGAGGCUCUUAGAAGGUGGCAUGCUAAUGGAAUAAAGGUAACUAUUUUAGUUGAUCUUAGUGAUUAUAUAUCUCUUUGGUUUUAUGUAUAACUUUUGUUAACUGAGUCUGCUAAUCGAAUAAUCGGAUUAUGCUUGACCAAUAUAACCUGCACACAAUUAAAUCAAAACACCAUCUAAGUAUAAACAUCGAUUUAGAGUGCUUUGAUAAUAUAAUAUUUGUUGAUUAACCCAUAUGCCUUCAUGCUUGCGAACGCCUGGUUCAUCAUUACCAUGCUCGCCGAUUGCGUCGUCACGAUCGUGGUUCCUCUUUAUAACGAAACCGAAUGUUUUGGAGGUGAAAAAAGAUCCCUUUUUUGAUGCUCCUCACAAUUAUAAAAAUAGCCUAUAGUUGAAGAGGUCACAACAUUUUUCUUUUUUUUUAACAUCUUAAUGCUGCUAAUCAUAAUGCUUUCAAACCGCUCACUUGGAUCUGUAAAAAGAGCUUUUCUGUGGAACUUGAUCGUGUACAUCUCAUUCUCUCAAGGUGUUUUGUUAAUAGUCCAAUUUUGGAUCUCUUGGACAUUCUUGAAGUGUGUAUCUUACUAAUACAAUAGAAUUUGUUUUUAUAUCUUUGCACUUUAACAUUUUUUAGCUGUCAUACCUUUGCCAUUUUAAAAUACUUCAUUUGGAACUUUUUGAUUUAUCUAUGUAUCAAUGCAGUUUUAUUGGCCGGUGCCAAUCUGAUGAUGUCAAGGUUGAAUUUUGUUCAA